CGGACCUCAGUUCAUGGCGACGAUCACACCACUUCCGCCCUACCCUUCAACUCAGGCGAGAAAGUCCUUCUCGGCGUCCCAGUUAGCCCACUUUCAUCUCAACGUCGCUAGGGCUCUGGAGGACGCCAUUUCGUUGCCUCCAGCGAAACGCGACACCCCUGCGACCCGCGCAUUCAUCUCGACCUAUGCUGGCGAUGCCGCCCACCAGGUCCUCCAAGGUCUGAUCUGGGAGAGCUCCGAAUCCCUCAGAUUCGAUGAGAACAUAUAUCAGCGAGUUCUAAUUCUCGCAGAAAAACUUGCAUCGUCGCCCCCUGGAUUAGAUAUAUGUACUGUACUCGAUCUUUGUGUAGCUUUCGCCGAGAGAUCUGGACGCCUCAGGGACGUCUUGGCUGCGGCCCUCAUAGGCACACCCUCACUGCCUUCAACGUUUGUAAAGGAGGUCGUCCCGGCAUUCACUGCGCAUCUCAGCCCAGCCCGUUCCUCCGGGCUAUACGCCCUCCGCAAGACUGCAGACUGUCUUCUCAGCCUACUCCGCCCCUGUCCACCCGAACUUGUCCGGCCGUUCGCGCACAACAGGGAUUUCGUCCUGACCCUUGGGCGUGCAUACGACGAGGGUUUGUCGUCGAUGGCGCGCUCUUAUGGUGGGAUCCGGAAUGUUGAUGACGGUUCUCGCACACUGGACGACUGGGAGCGGGUUUGGAUCGAGACCAAGGUAGCUCUCGUUGAUGCAUUCCAUGUCAUCGUGAAGUGUCUCGUGGCGGACCUUUCGGCUGCGUCAGGACACCAGCGGCUUUCGGCGGAGAUGGACCGUGCGUUCGGAAUCGUGAAUGUACUGUUGGAAACUACUACGUCUGGAACACAACAGUCUGCCAGUAGCGAGGGUGGCCGUGGCGUGCCCUUUCUCGAUCGUCCGUUAAUUACGGAUUAUCAACAUGCGUACGAUUUUAAUCAAAUGCUCUUCUCCGCUCUGCGUAGUGCAUCACGAGAGGAUGCACGCACGCGAUCUCUAGACGCUGCAUUACGUGCAUUACGUGUCCAAUCCUCGAGUGUGGAUGGUACACGUGACCCAGGUGCACUCAAGUUGGUUCUUCGAUCGCCGGGGAUUUCACCACUAGCCCAGAAAGACUCAAGGACAUUAUCGAAAGGCAAAUGGAAAGCGAGGGAACGUUCCCCUCCACUCCCUGUGGCGCCUAGCGCAGUACGAGACACGGAUACAGACCUUAAAAUCACACAGGUGCUUGACAUAUUUCCAGAUCAUUCACCGGGUUAUAUUCGCAAGCUGCUGGAGCAUCCCAGCUAUCCUUUCCGAGGGAACGCUGAGAGGGUCAUAGAGGCCCUUUUAGAAGGCACUGCCCCUGCCGAGGCUGAGCUUGAAACGGACACCGAUGCCAUGGAAACUUUUGCAGAACCCAGACGCAUUUCUUCUGAUUUGGAAAGGAUCGAGAGAAGGAACGUUUUCGAUGACGAGGUCAUGGAUAUUUCGAGACUGCACUGCGGCAAGAAACGGCACGAUGAGCCCAUUUUCCUCCAUAACAAGACAGAAAGGGAACGCAUGAAAGCGGAUAUUUUACGUCGAACUCAAAUUAUAAUCGCGGACGAGGAUGACGAAGGCGAAGGCGAGGAAGAAGUAGCUUACAUGGACGACUUAGACGGCUUUGGGGAUACUAGUAUCAGAGUCACUGGCGACGGCGAAGAUGAAAAUAGCAGCGAUGAGAACGGCGAGAGUGCGAAAGAUCCUGUCACCCCUGAGACUAUUCUGGAGCUCGCAUACAUCCGCGAUCCAAAGCUGUUCGCUCGUGAUGCUGAAACACGGCGGAGUAAGGCUCGCGCAGAACUGAAAUCACAGACAGGGUGGUCAGACGAACAGAUCGAAGGGUGGAGAAUCAUGCUAGAAAGAAACCCAAAGAAGGACCGCAUCUUACAGAAACACGAAUUCCAAAGGAACAGAAUGGUUGAGGUGCCGCUCGCUGAGAGCUCUGGCAGUGAGUGCCAUCCACCUAGUGGAGCGCCCAGUCGUCAGCGUGGCAGGAAAGGCAGUGUGCGAGGCCGUGCUUUGGAGCGUGGUUGUGGUCGUGGAGGGGGUAGAGGUGGAAGCGAAAUUGGAAGUGGCGGUGGAAAUGAAGGUAGAAGUGGAGAUGAAAGUGGAAGUAGAAGCGGAAAUAGGGGCAUGGGUUCUCGAGGUCGGGCGCUCAAAGAUAAACACAAGGCAAGUGCUGCAAAUCAUAACAGAAAGAGGGGACACGACAAAAAAAUGGCGAGGGCAGGCGUUGGCCCUACAGCGUGAAUAUUUUUUGGAUGGCCAUCCGCGAUGUCAUCGGUAUGCAUCAAUUCUACAUUUGGCUACGUAUAGUACAGCAUAGUAUCCAUCGCACAGAACCGGAGGUAUUGAUGGAAACGUAGUUCAUUGCGGAAACAUCUUUUUGAAUCGUGGAUCGAACGUUAGUUCGACGACAUCGUUCACCAGCUUCAUAUCUACAGAUUGACCAUGUAAGGGGGGGAACACGUAGUAGACAGAAGAAACAGAGUCCUACCCAGUUCCUUGUCGGAGUCCAGGCUGAUCGCACCCAGAAACUUGAUAGUGGCGUCCCCCAAGACCUGACCAAUGAUUUCAACAUAGGUUGCAGUGAGCUCGUUACUC